CUUGUUCUCAUCUUCCUCUUCGCAUUCCUUUGGUUUUGUGGACCAUCGCAGUCCCCUGGCGGGUUAUGAUGUUAUCUGCUGACCAGGAAGACACUUUGUUCACUUUCACCGAGAUUCUGUGUCAGACCAUUGGCUAUGGCGUUUUCAUCGCAAUCAUCCCUAUGUCGACCCAUGUUCUGGUCAAACAAGGCAUGAACGUCCGGUCCAACAUCAUCAUGCUUGCCAUCACGCUGGGCAUAUUCGCUUUCUCGACUGCAUACUGGGCGGUUUCCGUCGCUUCUCUCGUCUCGAAGAUAACACAGGAACACGUACAUAGAAACACGGUCAUUCGACAGAUCUUUAAUGCUGUUGUACUCACUAACUAUCUCUUCGCAGAUGGCGUUGUUGUGUGGCGGAUGCGAGUUCUGUGCGCUACCCGUUUCUCGAAAAAGAUCUUGAUGAUCCCAUCCGUCAUGCUUGGUUUCACGACACUGUCUGUUUCGACGACCAUCAUACUCCGUAGCGCGAUUGCGGCGGCUCCAAAUAACGCAGUCCCUCGCCAUGGGCCUCUCGCCACCAUUCUCGACGUCAACCAAAUCGUCAAUUUAGGGUUCUCGCUCAUCACAAACGUUACCGCCACUUCGAUGAUCGGCAUCUGGGCAUGGCAAUAUCGACGAUCAAUUCGCGUCAACCUGCAAUCGUCUAGAAGUACACAAGUUGAACGUAUCCUAGUCUUACUCGCCGAAUCAGGGCUUGUGUAUUGCGUCUCAUCCGCUGUUGUACUUGCCGGAUCCUUCAUCCAUGUACCAGGUGGAACGCUGGGUGACAUUUAUACGGGCAUACAUGCCCAGAUUGCUGGAAUGUAUCCAGCACUAGUCAUGAUCCUCGUAAACACCCAACGCACCUCAAAAGCUCUAACAUCCAUCUCCCGCUCUGACCCUACCAUGAACGCCAACGCCAACCGAAGUGCCAACCUCAAUAAAACCGAGACCCUUGGUAGCAUGCAUUUCAACGCCAACCAUGCUGCUACGAACCAUGGUCAGCGGGGAACGAUCGGCUUGGUAUCGCGACAGACCAGAGAUAGCGGGAUGUUCAAUGUGACUAUUGAUAUAGCGAGUCGUGGGCCGGAGGAGACGUUCAGUACGGUGCAUGAGGAUUUGGAAGCGGGAAUGGGGAUGGAGAGGGGUAGGAGUAGAUCCCGAGAAGACGGUAGGAGGGAUACGUAUGAGGAUGAUAGAAUAAGGGCGAAGGAGGGGAUGGUCUGA